AUGGUCUCGUAUCUAUUCUCUCUGAGUAGUACUCCUCUUGAACAGUUGACUCAUGAAAAAUGCAUUGAGCUCUUUCAUCAUACUAUUUACAAUGAUUUGUAUGAUAUAGCAUUGGAAAUUCUGAAAACGGAUCCAAACAUAGCAAAUGUUGGCACUGAAUGCUGGUGGGAAGCGUUGGAAAUGUUGGCUAGGAAACCUUUCUCAAUUGGCAGCGAAAGGUUCAAAGGGAUCUGCAACAAAGCUUCAAUGAAGACAUCUGUACAUCACUUAGUUGAAAAACUUUUGAAAAAGGAUGGAAUUCCAAACAACCUGAUCUUAUCAAAAUUGGUUGACAGUGAUAUGGCUUUAAUUUUUGAAGCUGCAAAAGUUGGAAAUGUUGGAUUUCUAAUUAUAAUUUCACGCUCUUAUCCUUGCCUUAUCUGGAAACAAGACGAAAACAAAAUGAGUAUUUUUCACAUAGCUAUUUUAUACCGGCAAGAGAAUGUGUUCAAUCUAAUUUAUGAGAUAGGUGCGGGCAUGAAUAGCCUUGCAUCCUAUGCUACUUUAGAAGCUAAUGAGAACAUGUUGCAUUUAGCUGGAAAAUUGGCUCCUUUAGAUCGACUUAAUAUUGUAUCAGGAUCAGCCCUUCAAAUGCAACGGGAGUUGUUGUGGUUUAAGGAGAUAGAAAAAAUUGUGCUACGGUCAUACGUGAAUAGGAAGAAUUUGAAAGGCCACACACCUAAGGAGAUAUUUAGAAAGGAGCAUAAAGAUUUGCAGAAAGAUGGUGAAAAGUGGAUGAAGGAUACAGCAAAGUAUUGCAUACUUGUGGCAACAUUGAUUACCACUAUGAUUUUUGUUGCAGCCUUCAUUGUAGUAGCUGUCAACAAUCCAGAAACAGAGACUCCUAUUUUUUUAAGAAGUAACUGGUUUAUGAAUUUGGGAAAGCAUCCCAAAGCUAAUUACACCGAAUUUGAAGCUUUACAGUUGAUCGGUGUAUUGAAGUAG